AUGUCCGAGGGAUCGCAUACCGCGCUCGGCGGGAUGUCCAAUAUGACAAAUGGCUCAUCGGCGGAUGAGGCCAGAAAGCGACGAAAGACAGAAUUAGAGCGCAGCGAUGAGAUGGUGGAAUCACCACUCGACGCUGAAAUUCGACGCAUGACCCAGCAAUUGGAGGAGCUCAAGAAGCAACGACUGAUAGCCGAGCUUCAAGAAAAAAUCCUCGCUGAGCAACAGGCACUAGAAGUCACCCGGCAGCGACUGAGCCUCGCCACAGCUGCUGCCUCCGUUUCUGUCUCUCCGCAGAACAGUCCCGCGCCCGUCCUUGCUUCCCCCACGGCGCCAAUCCCACGCCAGGCAUCUUCGGCUCUUCAGCCUGUGGUGAAACCGGCCCUCCAAGCGACUCGGUCAUCCCCGGCGGUCGCAGCCUCCAUGACCCAUGUGAUUGCGACCGGUGCGUCCCAACCACAUUCAUUAGGCUCUGUUUUACAACCCCCAGCGCCGCAAGCACCCGCACCGGUGUCGGUUGCGCCCGUUCAACCCGCGCAGAAUGUCAAUGUGAAGAGUGGCCCCGUGGCUACCACUAUCGCGAGGAACAAUACUUCACCGUCCGUUGUGAACGGCACAUCGACUGCCGUCCCAACAAAACCAGCGAACAACCUUCCCGCGAUACCAGUUCGACCACAGCAGCCGCAAAAUCAGCUCCAAUGGUAUGAGCGCCCACGAACCCCCGGUGCUCCUAACGAGGCAGGUCGAGAACGAAUUCCUCUGUACGGUGGGGGAACACGGGAAAAUUACACUGGCUUCAUUUCAGCACUCGAAACUCACUUCGCCAAGGCACCUUCCUAUUAUGAUAAAGAGCACGAAUACCGCCGAGUCAAGCUUGCCUUGGAGCACGUGGUUCCGGCGGAACGCGCGCGUUGGCUUGCUCAGACGGAACGGCCGGCGACAUGGUACGGGUUUCGCGCAUUCUUGGUCAAGGACCUGGUACGACAACUGAAGUUGGCAGAGCAAGCACGCGUUGCGAAAGCAAGUGCGCCCGCGGCUCCUACGCCCGCCGCAGCUCUGGCCCCUUCUGUCCCUUCUACCACGGGUGAGUCUAGCGAGACUACUUUUGGCAUGACCCAGUCAUCAAGCAAACAGCAGGCUCAGCCGCCCAUGGCCGUUAUUCAGCCAACCGUCGCCCUUCAGACACAGCCCGCUGUCGUAACUGAGCCCGUUGCUGCGACGGUUUCUUCAGCUGGGACAAGCGCAAUGAUGCCUCCGCCAGUCAUGAAGGUCCAACCUGUUGUGAACAGAAAGGUUGCGCAAUCUUCGAGUAGCCAAUAUGGGGAUCAAAAACAAUUUGACUCUGCUCUAGUCAAGGUCGAGCCUGCCAUGGGAGAUACUGAUCCUUUUAGAAAGCCCUCGGCUAGGUCAGAAGAGGCAUAUUCACGCUACAAAAACGGUCAGCAGAGACAUGAUGAAUCCGUGAGCUCUUUCUCGACAUGGCUGCAGCGUUUGCUCCCCGAUAUCGACCAGGAGCUGAGUCUGGAAGACCGAAUGGGAUUUUUGAAGAGAGGGGUUGUUUCAUCGGUGCGGAAUCGGGCCCAUCGCCCCUUUAGCUAUUUCAAGACCUACGAGGACUACGUCAGCUAUUUGCAGGAUAUUGAAGACACGCUACCACAGCGUCAGGUGGAGCUGAAGCGGGGAUCUUCUCCUGGUAUUGGCGGGGAUUCUUAUCGACCGGACCGUUUUAGUGACAGGUCGCGGCUGCGCUCCAGUUCACGGGGACGCUCGCCGGCGAGAGAGCUCAUGCAUCAUAAUUCCUCCAGCAUGCGAUUCCUCUCCCAGGCUCCCUCCGCCCCUGGCCGGGAAUCUGCGGUGCGACCGACGUAUGAUCGAGCUGCUUCCACCGCGCCGACUUCAGCGCGCCGACGGGGGUUGUCACUGGAGCCGGAACCACCGUUUGUGAAACCCUCCAAUGCUCAGAAUUUCUUUACUUGUCGCGAAUUUAUCGUCGACAUGGAAAACCAUUUUGCACGGCACCCUCACUACUACAAUGACGAGCGCAAGGUGGCACUCGCUCGGCGCAUGGUUGCUCCUUCCCUGGACGCCGACUAUCGCAGAUUCGUCGACCGCCGCAUAUCAGAGGCCCCUGUCACCUGGUUUGAUUUCUGCGUGUUCAUGCUCAAUCAAGCUGCAAACAGCCACAAAGCUCCCGAUGCCAUUCAAAAGUAUCUGAGAUCACGCAAAGACCGCAACAAUCCAUCCGGGACUUUGCUCUGUGGCUGCAACACCCACGCUAGCCUUCGGGACCGGGCGCGUCGGCCCUAUAAUUCAUAUCCAGAUUUUGCUUCCUAUGUGGCCUAUUUGGAGCAGGUGGAGAAGUGCUCACCUCUCACGCCGAAGGGUAUCGGCCUGGGGAAUGUGUUGGUACCUCCGCCCGCCAAGCGCAAGCGGGAGGAUUAA